AUGCGCACGUUUUGCUUCAGUGUCCCCUUUUUUGCCUGGAGAUUCCCCUGUGGAUGUGCGCAUUAAUUAGGGGUUUAAUGGGGAGUAUGACUAAAAAUGUAAAAGAAGGAUUAGGGGGCGAGGGGAAGCGCGCGCAAGGCCCCACGUCCGGCGCUGCUGCUGCUGCUGCUUCCCUCACUUAAGAUGCUGAAUGGAAAAAAAAAAAAAAAAGAAGAAGAAGAAAAAAAUCAGUCUGUAUCUCAGGAAACGGAUCUAUAAAAGAACAUUUGCAUCCGAGCCAGCUGUUCACUUCAUCUGCACAUAAAUCCGCAACACCAGCGGUCUGUCUGGCCCUGGAGGAGCCCAGUGCGCGGCCAUUUAAAUACUCUCCUGUUUUCCAUCCACCUCUAAAUAUUCAACAUAUUCUGGUGUGCACGACAUGUGAAACGGGGACCUGAUUUGCCCUAAUGGCGACCCUAAUGUGGCGAUGACUGGUCUCCUAUUGAGCUGACGACAACAGUGUGUGGAACAGGGCCGAUGAAGGAAUCUGCUAAUUCCGGGUGGAUCCAGUCAAUUCAUCUGUGGUCAUCGUUAUGCAUAUCACGAGAGGUUAUGAUCCAGAGAAGCGUGUUUUCUAAGUUUUGCAGGUUGCGUUCGUUGGGCAAAUUGAUCCAUCCUCUGUGUUCCGCGCGUCUCAGAUGGUGCAGUGCAACGACAGACGCGUCGGGGAGGGCUCACACGGACGUCGUGCGGUUUGGGUUUUUUUUUUUGGUUUUUUUCCUUUAAACAUUUGUGUGAUUUUUUUUAUUUUUUUUUAAGAUGCCACUCUGCGCGUUUUCUGUCCGAUUGUUGUUGGAGAGGCUCUAAGUUUGUCCUCUGCUGGACUGCACACACACACACACACACACACACACACACACACAGGCGCAUGCAUAUACAUACACACACCCCUUUAAAGCGCGCGCGCACACACACUCUCUCUCUCUCUCUCUGAGCUCAAAAGGAGGAGGAAAAAUAUUGCGCCACUCUCGGAGCGUCUUUCCAUGAGGGAGAAAAAAAGUUGUUGAGGACAGAAGAGGACGAACCAAGGGGAGAGACACGGAUGAAACGCGCCUCCUUCGCAACACACACACUUCUUCUUCUUCUUCUCCUCCUCCUCGCGCUGUAAACAGAUGGUUAUUUAUGCGCAUAAAUGAAACUUUCCUAAAAAAAAAAAAAAAGGGCAACGCUGCGAUUUCCUCUUUUUUCUUCUUCUUCUUCUUGGUUUUUGGAGCCAGAUCCGAGCAGCGCGCACAUUUUCCGGACAGAAACUUUGAAAGACUUGAGCUUCUUCUCCUUCCUUUUUUUUUGUUUCCUUACUGGAUCCUCUUUGGAUCCUCGCUGUUGCAGAGACACGCUGCGAGCGGGAGCGCUGCGUCUUGGACGGUGGGAUUUACCAAGACGCCGACGGCUGGACAAGCCGAACCGCCCAACACCGGUGUCCACAACUGAAGCGGUUUUCCUCAAAUCGCCAUCAUGGACUCCCACUGCCGCAAACUGGCGACCACCUGCGCACAAAUAGAAAAAGAGAAGACCCAAAACAAAAACAACGACGACUCCUCCGACGACCCGUCCAAGAAGAAGCGGCAGCGGCGGCAGAGGACCCACUUCACCAGCCAGCAGCUGCAGGAGCUGGAGGCCACCUUCCAGCGCAACCGCUACCCGGACAUGAGCACGAGGGAGGAGAUCGCCGUGUGGACCAACCUCACAGAGGCCCGGGUCAGGGUUUGGUUCAAGAACCGGCGAGCCAAGUGGAGGAAGCGGGAGAGGAACCAGCAAGCCGAGCUCUGCAAGAACGGCUUCGGCCCGCAGUUCAACGGACUCAUGCAGCCCUACGAAGACAUGUACCCGAGCUACACGUACAACAACUGGGCCGCCAAGGGCCUCACGUCGGCCUCGCUGUCCACCAAGAGCUUCCCCUUCUUCAACUCCAUGAACGUCAACCCGCUGUCCUCGCAGACCAUGUUCUCGCCGCCCAACUCCAUCUCCUCCAUGACGUCCGGCAUGGUGCCGUCGGGGGUGACGGGCGUGCCGGGCUCCGGCCUCAACGGCCUCAACAACUUGAACAACCUCAGCAACCCGUCCCUCAACUCGGGCGUGCCCACGCCGACGUGCCCCUACGCGCCGCCGACCCCUCCCUACGUGUACCGGGACACUUGUAACUCCAGCCUGGCCAGCCUGAGACUGAAAGCCAAGCAGCACUCGAGUUUCGGAUACGCCAGUGUGCAGAAUCCGGCGACUAAUCUGAGCGCGUGCCAGUACGCCGUGGACAGACCAGUCUAACGCCUACCUGCACUGAAAAAGGAAAGGAGAAGAAGGAGAAGACAAAAUGUCCACCCUAACGAGCCAUCGACAAAGGCUGCAGUGGCGCUUCCAAGUGUUUUUUGUU